CGCCGAAUCACACGCCCAACUGUCUUAUUUUGUUUGGUGGUCACAAUUUUUCUCUGUGGAGCUGAGUCCGCACUGUCUAUUUAUGGAGUAAUUUUAGCGGACCAAGGGCCUUCACACAAUCAACGACGGAAUCGUAUAAUGGCGAUAGCCAUGUUCACAGACACCCUCUGCCUGCUCAUUAGUUUCGCCACCACUCUCUUCCUCCUCUGGCAUCAAACAUUAUUCAAAUGGAGGCAGCGUUGUAUUCUUGCUUUCCUCCUCGUUCUCCCGGUACAACUCUCAAGAGGAUUUCUCCUCCUCUUUUGGCCCAAUCCACUUGUCAUGGAUUUGAUGUCGGCUUUGUCAGGACCGGUACAUUAUCUAUCACUUCUAAUAUUGGUCCUCCGCAUUACACCACGGGGCAGUCCCGACGAGGGCGUAGCCCUUAGUCCUAUAUCUCCACCGAGUGGGGAUGUGGAUGCUCCCGGUGAUGGUUCUCCCGUUCAUGGCGGGUCCAACAAUGGGGAGAUUCUUUUAUCAGGGUCUCCACCUGAAAAUCGCGCUCCCCAUCGUCUCAUCACCCCGUUCAUCUUACCGCCAGACUUCCGAACCAACAAGUAACCAAGAGCAGGCAAGAACACCAGCGCGUGUGCAGCCGGUGAUAACUCGAACCGGCUCGAGUCCCAAUUGGCACGGAGUAGAGCAGCGGACUAAUGAGCCACUCCAAGUCCAGGGGGUAUAGCGCGCUGCAGUUUUCCUGCAUAUUUAUACUGUGAAAGGGGCAUUAUCUAUGAUCCUCAUAAACUUGCGCCGUUUUCGCGUCAUCCAUUUGUUUAUCCCAUGAAACUAAUAUUUACUUCUCAUUCGU